UAUUAUUAUUAUUAUAAUUAAGAGUCUCAGCUCAUGGGAAGUUGAGUCUAAAAGAAGAGAAGAGGAAUUUUAUAGCCUGCGGAAAUACAGAACUCACUGCUCUUGGUGUGCAGUGAGUCGGUUGCAACAGAGGGAAACUUGCACGGACACAGUGAACUGUAAACAGUCCACCAGGUUAAAAACCUCACCUGACUGUCUGAGAGGUGAAACUUCCACGUGCGAACACAAUGCCUUGUGACGUUUUCCCGCCGCUGAUCCUGCUGCUCUUCUUGUCUACGUUUGGGACAUCUCAAGAAUGCUUUAAGGACCCUAAAUCAGCCUACAGAUUCACCGGAGCUGUCUGCCGCCUCACCUACCCUGCUGCCGUUGUGUUGAAUGAGAAAACCACUAAAGUGAUCGAGGCAGCGUUCCAACAUGCCAGAUACCCGAGUGUGAAGGGAGAGAAGUCACUGAACUUCAUAGGCAAAGUCACAUAUGGCCUGGAGAAUUUGGAGAUUCACAACCUAACAAUUGGUCGGAGUACAUUUGAGCUGCAUCCAGGUGAAGGCAUCGCCAUGGAGAUAAGCAAUGUGUCUGCAGUAUUCAAAGGGACCAUCCAAUAUGGAUAUGGCAGCUGGCUUGUCAAUGUUGCACAAUCAAUUGACUUCGAGAUUGAGUCUCAGAUUGACCUUGGAAUCAACCCCAAACUUUACUGUGGUAAAGGGAAGGUGGCAGCCGACACAUCAGACUGCUAUCUGAGCUUUCACAAGCUCCAUCUGCAUCUGCAGGGAGACAAAGAACCGAACUGGCUGAAGAAGCUCUUCACUAACUUCAUCACUUUCACUGUCAAACUGGUCGUCAAGGGACAGAUUUGUAAGGAGAUCAACAAGGUGGCAAAUAUACUGGCUGACUUCAUACAAGACACAGCAGAGCAGUUCCUCAGUGAUGGAGAUAUCAGUGUCGAUAUCGGCGUGACUGCCAACCCUGUCAUCACUGCUAACUACAUAGAAUCCUACCACAAGGGGCUGACCAACUACAACAAGACUACUGCUGUCAUCAGUGACUCAGUUUUCCACCCCAGCCAGCUGACUGAACACAGGAUGCUGUACUUUUGGGUCUCAGACCAGGUCUUUAACCCCAUGAUGACUGCUGCCCACCACGAUGGCCGCUUCAAACUCAACAUCUCUGAAGCAGAGCUUACUGAACUCUUCACGACAAAGCUUGACAGUGCCAUGCCUGAAUUGAUUAGAAAGUGUCUCUUGGAAUCCAGCUCUCCAGAGCUAAGAGUGUGGAGUUCAUCCAUUCCCUUUCUAAACACCUCCACCCUGGGUACAACCGUCCGGGGAGAUGUCUCUGGAGAGCUCUACUGUGGAAGUCAAGACACACCAACACUCUUCCUCCAAAUGUUCUACUCCAUAGAUGUCACAGCUUCCUAUGCUGACAAGAAACUCUCCCUGCAGGGUAAACCAUCAGAGAUUCAUGUCCAAGCUGACCUGCCCUUAGAAAAUCUACCGCUUCUAGAUUCAGCACAACUGGAGUUCAUAAAAGAAGCUGUGGAGAAGAUAGGCAUUCCUAAGGUCCUCUCUGUUCUUGCGACUGAGCUGACCAGGUUGUUGGACAAACAGGGAACAAACUUAUUCGACAUCUCUAACCCAGAAGUGCUUCCUCGGGAUGGCUUUGUGAUCAUUCAGAUGGAUUUUGGUUUCCCUCAUCACCUCCUGGUUCAGUUCCUCAAGAGGACACUGGAGCAACAUGAAUCAGAUCCUUAGUGAAUCUUGCCUAAAAUAUUUAACCCUUCAGAGUUAUCUAGAUAAUGAAGAUGUGGACAAGCUUGUCACUGAUGAUCUCAUCUCCACUGGUGACUAUAUACGUGCAUGACACCAUGUUUGGAAAAUGAUCAUAUAUUUAGAGCCUUUUUUUUGUUUUUUUAAAUGUAUAAGUCACUCUUCAUUUUCUUCAUCUUUAUUUAGUUGAAAAUUCCAUUAUUUUUUUCAUGGAGGGUUGAAGGAUGUUUAAGUUAAAAUAGCUGUCUGUACUCGUGGCUAAGGGUUUGUGUCAAUUAUUUUAAACACCAAUAUGAAUUGUGUAAAAUGUAAACCAGUUAUCAAAUAAAAUUCUAAGAAACAUCUGGAAAUAA